GGCAUCCGGGAGAGCGUGGCACGGGCUCGGCGCGCGUCCCCGCGGCCCCUCCUGAGAGGAACCCUGCAGGGAUUCUGAUCUACAAUGGCUGACGAUCAGGAGAAAGACUUACAGAAAUUUCUUAAAAAUGUGGAUGAAAUCACCAAUUUAAUUCAGGAGAUGAAUUCUGAUGACCCAGUUGUGCAACAGAAAGCUGUCCUCGAGACAGAAAAGAGACUGCUGCUCAUGGAGGAAGAUGAAGAGGAGGAUGAAUGUAGGACUACCUCGAACAAGACCAUGAUUAGUCCUCCACAAGCUCCUGAGAAUGCAGAUGAAAUGAACUCAGAGGCCUUCUUGGCAUCUGUGGAGAAGGAUGCAAAGGAACGAGCCAAGAGAAGAAGAGAAAACAAAGUUUUAGCAGAUGCCCUAAAAGAAAAAGGGAAUGAAGCAUUUUCUAAAGGCGAUUAUGAAACGGCCGUCCUGCACUACAGUGAGGGUUUGGAAAAGCUGAAGGACAUGAAAGUGCUCUACACUAACCGAGCCCAGGCUUAUAUAAAACUUGGGGACUACCAGAAGGCACUGGUGGAUUGUGAAUGGGCUCUCAAGUGUGAUGAAAAAUACACAAAAGCAUACUUCCACAUGGGAAAAGCUCACCUGGCCCUGAAGAACUACAGCAGGUCUAGAGAGUGUUAUAAGAAGAUCUUGGAAAUAGACCCCAAGCUGCAGACCCAGGUGACAGAUUACCUGAAUCAAGUAGAUCUUCGGGAGAAAGCAGACCUUCAAGAGAAAGAAGCCCUUGAACUGCUGGAUUCAGGAAGGAACACAGCCGUGACAACCAAGAAUCUCCUGGAGACCCUUUCCAAGCCUGGCCAGAUCCCUUCGUUCUAUGCAGGGGGAAUUGAGAUCCUGACUGAAAUGAUGACGGAUGGCACAGACCGAACUUUAUUCAGAAUACACAAUGGCUUCAGUAUCAUCAGUGACAACGAGGUUAUAAGAAGGUGCUUUUCCACAGCGGGGAAAGAUGCAGUUGAAGAGACAGUCUGUGUGUCUGUUCUCAAGCUCUGGCAAGCAGUGUGCAACGAGAAUGAGGAAAACCAGCGUCUGCUUGUGAUGCACCCCGACAGGGGCAGGCUGCUGCCCUCCCUCUUGGCCUCCAGAGUCCUGGCCAUCCGGCAGCAGAGUCUGGCCCUGCUACUACAGCUCGCCCAGACGGAGCACGGACGGGGCCUGAUCGUCAGCCACCUUGACCUGACCCGAUUGUUGGAGGCCCUGGUGUCAUUUCUGGAUUUCUCAGAUAAGAAGGCCAACACCGCCAUGGGACUGCUCACAGAUUUGGCUCAGGAAGAAAGAUUCCAAGUCUGGUUCCAGGCCAACCUUCCGGUUGUUCUCCCUGUACUCACAAGCAUUCUGAAGAGAGAUCCCAAGGUAACCAACUCCUCAGCUCUGUGCCAGUGUGUUUCCAUCAUGGGAAACCUCAGUGCUGCACCUGCCACUCGAAGACACAUGUUGGCCUGUGAAGAAUUUGGGGAUGCCUGCUUGGGCCUCAUGGUCAGGUGUGAGGAGGAUGUGGACCUGUGCAAGGAGAUCACAUACACCCUCCUGGGACUCAUGAUGAACCUGUGCCUUCAGUCGACCUUUGUCUCUGAGGUUUGGGCUGUGGAGGUGAGCAGAAGGUGCCUGUCUCUACUAAACAGCCAGGAUGGAGGGAUCCUGACAAGAGCCGCUGGUGUUCUGAGCCGGACCCUCCCCUCCUCUCUGAAAGGCGUGGAGGAGGCGCUGAGGGCUGGAGUGGUGAAGAAGAUGAUGAGAUUCCUGAAGACAGGAGGCCAGACCGCAUCACUUUAUGCUAUAAAGAUACUAGCUAUCUGCACGAACAGUUAUCAUGAAGCUCGGGAAGAAGUAAUAAGACUGGAUAAAAAGUUUAGCCUUUUGAUGAAGCUGCUCAGAGUGGAGAACGAGGUUGUGGUGGGCAACGCUGCGCUCUGCCUUGGGAACUGCAUGGAGGUGCCCAGUGCUGCAUCUUCCCUGCUGAAGACGGAUGUCGUGCGGGUCUUGUUGAAGCUGGCGGGCGGCGAUGCGCAGAAGACGGCUGUGCAGCUGAACGCAGGCAUUGCUCUGGGGAAGCUGUGCACGGCCGAGCCCAGGUUUGCUGCUCAACUGAGAGAACUUCAUGGGAUAGAAAUUCUCAACUCUACAAUGAAGUACAUCAAUGAUUCUUGA